AUGGCAAUCUUUGCAAACUGCGUGUUUUUUAUAAAAUUGAAGCACUUACCUAUUCAGGAGAAGAAUAGGCUGAAAAAAUGCAUUAAAGAAAAUGGUGGAGUAAUUAAUUUUUUGCUUGAUCAAAAGUGUACACAUGUUGUUGUGGAUACUGUUAGUGUCCUCAGCAAUCACCAUCUAAAAAUUAUUCAGAAGURUCAGCUCCCUGUGGUACGUGUGGAUUUCAUAUGGAAAUCAUCUGAAAGGAAAAGACUUCUACAAAUUGAUCCCUACAAGGAGGAUGUAUUACAAGACCUGGAGCUAGAUACUUGUGGUAUGGAACCAUUUUCUGAGGAYAGAAUUGGUACUGAGAAGAAUGAAAGCCACUUCAAUACUACUAAUACUGAAGAAAGUGACAGCAAAAUUGAGUGUGAAGAAGGGAUUCUUAGAUUUUGYACAGAAAAUGAUCAAGAUAUUCCUUUUUUUCCUCAAGAUUUUGAAGUUGCAAAAUACGAUGUCCUUGAAAAAGUUUACUCCAAAGAGAGCAAAGAUCUUGUAGUUAUUGAAUUACAGUGUUCCAAAGGACAUGAGUUUCCAUUCCGAGUGUGUGCACACUUCAGUUCAUCAGAUGGAUCCAAGAGCAAUAAACAAUUCAUAUUAACUAAGACUGCUGAAGAUAUAAGAGAAAAUUAUGAGACUUUCAUUGCAGACCUGAAGAGCCAGGGUUUCCUAUUAAGGGAAACUUUUCCACCUGAAGCAGAAUAUUUAGCUUCUACAAAAUUGCAGGAGUUACUUCUAGAAGAAGCCAUAAAUUCGAGUGAUUUAUGUGAAGAAGUCAGUAAUUUUGUGGAAUUGAUCUGGGCAGAAGCUCUGGGCCAUUUGGAUAGUUUACUACUUGAACCAGUAAAAAACAUAAGCCUCAAUGAUGUGAGCAAAGCAGAAGGUAUUUUACUCCAGAUAAAGAAUGCACUGGAUGAGGGAGCAGAUGAAGCGGCACUGAAAAUGAUGAUAAAGGAAUUUUAUGGAAUUAUACGUCACAAAACAGAACCGGACCGUAAUGUUUCCAGAAAGCUGUUGUCUAGUAAACAAGACCUUUGUCAGCUAAUCCGAGACAUACUUAAUAUACGUGAAACAAACAUGGCAUCCCCCAACCCAUCAGCUUUGGCCAAAUACCAGGCUCUGAGGUGCAGGAUUGAAGCUGUUCCCCCAGAGAGCUACGAAUUUCUCAGUAUUAAAGAACAACUGUUAAAAAAGAAUUACAAUGACUGUCCAAUGAGAAUUUUGCAAGUAUAUAGAGUUGGCAGGAUAGGUGAAACAGCAGAAUUUCUGAGCAGUCUUGGAAAUAUUCAGUCCCUACUCCACGCAUCACCUGUGCGCAACUUUGUGGGAAUUCUCUGCAGAGGACUCCUCAUGCCAAAAGUCAUAGUUGAAGAUCACGGCAUUGAAAGAACAGAUGCUGGGAAUCUGGGCAGUGGCAUUUACUUCAGUGAUUCUAUUAGUGCCAGUAUUAAGUAUUCUUCACCCAGUGUGAUGGAUGGUACUCGACUCCUGGCAGUUUGUGAUGUGGCGCUUGGUUCCUGCUUGGAUUUGUAUCAGCGAAAUUAUUCAUUACGCAGUUCACCAUCAGGUUAUGAGAGUGUGCAUGGAGUCCGUAAAACACCAGAUGUCUCUUCAGAUUUUGAGGAUGAUGAAUUUGUUGUGUAUAAAACCAAUCAGGUUAAAAUCAGAUAUGUUGUUAAGUUUUGUGUUGCUGAAGACCAAAUAAAACCAUUUCAGCCUGAAACCGUGGUGGAGCAAGAUCAGCCAGUAUCAGAACAUUCUUUGCAGCAUGAGAGCUAUGCCCUUCCAAGUGCAAAUCCUAUGAAUGCCAUAAAACCUGGUCUUCAGGACAGAUCAGGAAAUCCAGUCCCUCUGGGAAGUAUUAAAAUCAAGGGGAGGAUGAUAGACUUUGUAGCACAGGUAGUGAUGUUUCAGACUUACACCAAUCAAAGCAGUAAUCCAAUUGAAGCUAAAUAUGUCUUUCCUUUGGAUGAUAGAGCUGCUGUGUGUGGAUUUGAAGCUUUUAUCAAUGGAAAGCACAUCAUUGGAGAGGUCAAAGAAAAGACACAAGCACAUAGAGAAUAUAGAGAAGCCAUCCGUCAGGGUGAUGGAGCUUAUCUAAUGGACCAGGAUGCACCGGAUAUUUUUAUAAUAAGUGUUGGAAACUUGCCCCCAAACUCUACGGUCCUCAUCAAAAUCUCCUACAUCACUGAACUGAGUUCUCAUAAUGACUGUAUCUUCUUCCAUUUGCCUGCUUCGGUCGCACCAUGGCAACAAGACAAGGCAUUAAAUGAGAACACACAGGCUACAGUAAAAAAGGUUUGCAUUAAACAAGCAGAUACAAAAAAGUACCAGUUCUCCUUGGACAUGUCUAUUGAGAUGCCCUACACUAUCGAAUGCAUAAAUAGCUGGACACAUGCACUUAAAAUAAAGAGAACAGAUUGCAAGGCUGUAAUUAAGACUGUGGAGAACAGCACCCUGGAUGUUAAUGGCUUUGCUCUAGAAAUCUGGAUUUCCCAACCCUAUCUACCCCGAAUGUGGGUAGAGAAGCAUCCCAGCAAAAGGAGUGAGGCUUGCAUGCUUGUGUUCCAGCCAGAGCACCUAACAGAAGUUGAAGAGGUGCCACUGUCCAACGAAAUUGUUAUUUGCUUAGAUUGCUCCAAUUCCAUGGCAGGUUCAGCCCUACAGCAAGCAAAGCAGAUUGCUUUACACGCUUUGGAACAAUGUUAUUCAAGACAAAGAGUGAAUAUUGUCAAAUUUGGCACAAAUUUCACAGAAUUUUAUUCAUCUUCAAAGAGCAUCUCGGAUGAUUUGUCACCCCUAAAGGAAUUUAUUACAUCUGCUACAGCAACACUGGGAAACACUGAUUUAUGGAAGGCCCUACGUUACUUCAGCCUGCUUUUUCCUUCUCAAGGGCAGCGUAACAUUCUUGUCAUAUCUGAUGGACACAUUCAGAAUGAGAGUGUGACCUUCCAGAUUGUGAAGAAUAAUGUCCCACAUACCAGGUUAUUUACAUGUGGGGUUGGUUCCACAGCAAAUCGUCACAUUCUGAGAUCUUUGUCCUGGUAUGGUGCUGGAGCAUUUGAAUACUUCGACCCAAAAUCCAAGUAUAAUUGGGAAGAAAAGAUACAGAGCCAAGUAUCUAGGAUAUUUUCUCCAGGAUGCAGUUCUGUUUCUAUUAAAUGGCAACAGUUUGAUAGAAAUGCACCAGAGCCGAUGCAGGCUCCUGCUCAAAUACAGUCUUUAUUUAACAAUGAGAGGCUUCUCGUCUACGGGUUGAUCUGUCACUGUACUCAGGCUACCUUAAGCACAGUAGUAAAUGAUCAAGAACUAGAAACAGUGGUGUCAACUACUGAACUACAGAAAACUACAGGAACAAUGCUUCACAAACUCACAGCAAGAGCUUUCAUUAGAGACUAUGAAGAUGGGAUUCUUCAUGAGAACGAAACAGAACAUGAGAUGAAGAAGCAAAUCUUGAAAAACAAGAUUAUUAAUCUCAGCUUGGAGAACUCAAUCCUAACCCAAUUCACAAGCUUUGUUGCAGUUGAGAAAAGGGAUGCUAAUGAAACUUGUUCUGCUAAUGUUCCAAACAUCCUGGAAAUUAUAGCUCAAGAAGAUGUAGAUUUUUUACCUUACAUUGACUGGGAGCAAAAGUCAACCGAAACUGGCUUCUUAUUUCCCAGCACAUUUAAUGAGAGAAAACAGGCAUCUUUUACUUAUUUAAGUUCCUCUGUAAACAAGAGAAAUGAACUCAAAAGCUUCCAAUUUCCACUUGAAAAUAUGUCUGGGAAUCAAAAGAUUGGCUUGCCAAAAAAUAUGGGAGAAGGCCUUGUGGAUACUCCUGAACUUGGUAGUCUUGAAGUUAAUUUCAGUGCUUCUACUGACCUCAUGAGUGAGGAAUAUUUAGGAUCAGGAUCGUCUUCGCCAGUUGACCUUCGUAUGCUGUACGAUAGUGAAGCUUCCCCUCCCCCACUGGAUUUCGGAGCAAGUACCAUCCCCAAAGGACAUAUGAGGUCCGGAUCUUCAAAGUUGUGCACUUCUCAAUAUGUUCCUGGUGAUUCCCCUCCCAUUCUCCUUUCAUGUGCUCCUCCACUUGGUGAACAAAGAUUAUUCCAGCCAGAUGAUUCUCUUGUUGAUAAGAUAGAGGAUUCUGCAAUACUUAGUUCACCUCCUUCUACUUGUGGAACGACUCUUUUUGGAACACAGAGUAUUCCCAGAUUUUCUGGUUUGCCACCUACUCCUCAGGGCACAGUUUUUGGAAAGAUGGGUUUUGGAGCACAAAGUGUUCCCACAUUUCCUGGUUUGCCACCUACUCCUGCAGGCACAGCUUAUGGAGAGAUGGGUUUUGGAGCACAAAGUGUUCCCACAUUUCCUGGUUUGCCACCUCCUCUUCCAGGCACAGCUUAUGGAAAGGCAGAUUUUGGAACACAAGCUAUUCCCAGAUUUCCUGGUUUGCCACCUCCUCUUCCAGGCUCAUCCUACGGAAACAUUGGCUUUGAACCACAAGCUAUUCCUAGAUUUCCUGACUUCCCACGUCCUCUUGAAGGCACAGCUUAUGGAAAGCCUGAUUUUGAAACACAAGCUAUUCCCGGAUUUCAUGCUUUUCUGUCAGCAACACCAAGUCCUGCACUGUUUCCAGUAGUGAGCUCACCCAGUGCAGCAGCUCAGAGUGCUGUUAAACUUCCCGGUGAAUCCACAGGAGUUGCGAAUGUCAAUUUUACGUUAAAAAAGAAGAAAAUCCAACGAAAAUCACAGACUUCUGUAAACUGGACUGAAAUUUUUGACCUCCAGAACCAGGAUGGCUCAUGGAAUCUCAGUCCACAGUUGGGAAAAAUCUUAGAAUUUGACGUUAAUUAUUUAAUUAACGAUUUCCUUAUCGGAAAAGGCAUUCAGUCGCUUGGUGCAAAGGGAAAAGAAAAGAUACUGCAGUUGAUUGCCACUCUUCUUGUGCUACAGUUCAUCCGCUGCACACAGCAACUGAAAGGGGUAGUCUUCAAAUCACUGAUGAAACUGGAUGAUUUAUCAACUUCAAGCACUGUUCAUUGGGCAUUUGAGUUGAUCAAGAAAGCAGUAGAGUGGGCGAGAAGAGUUGAAAAACAAUUUCCUGCUAUUUACUACCGACUUGAACUUGGGAAGGACUGGGAUUCUGCUACCAAGAAGAUACUGGGUAUCCAGUUUAAUUAGCACCAGUUUUCUUUUUGAUUAAAAUGUUUAAUCACAUCAUAAUUCUCUAAGGUAACGGCUGAGUUAGCUUUCAUUGCAAUUUUACGUAAGAUGUUUUAAAUGUGGACAUUUAAUGCUCUAUUAUUCUUCAGUAAUAAUUUUCAUAGUGAUAGGCUUCAAUUUAAGGUAUGGAGAUUYGGGAUUUUCUAGUUUAAAGGCUUAGUUUUGCAUAUGUAGUACUUUAGUAGGAAUAACCUUAACCUGUAACUGUUAAGUGCCAUGGUAAUUAAUUAUUUGCUGUAAAUCUCCUUGGUGGAUUGCACGUUAUUAGUGCUUUAAUGAUGUCUCUGAUGUCUUGAUUUCUUCAAAACUCUUGUAUACUUUAUUAAU